AUCAUGGGUCCCCCACUCUAUUGGCAAGGCAUUGCUGCUUUUACUCACUCUUCUUCUUCUUCUUCUUCUUGCCCUCCUUGCCUUUGUGAUUGCUCUUCCUCCUACCCUUUUUUCUCCCUCCCUCAAGGACUGAACCAAUCAUUUACAGAUUGUAUGAAGCAUGAUCCUGAUGUUAGUGAAGAGAUGGAGAAGCACUUUGCAGAUCUCGUGGCAGAUGAGCUAAGACAAAAAGAGGCGGACGCCUUAGAAAACCGGAGAAGAUCUGAAAUGGGAUUGUUAGAAGCUAAGAAGAUCGCUUCUCAGUAUCAAAAGGAAGCUGACAAAUGCAACUCUGGUAUGGAAACUUGUGAGGAAGCUAGAGAAAGAUCCGAACAAGCUUUAGAAGCGCAGAGAAGGAUAACGGUAAUGUGGGAGCAAAGGGCGCGCCAGAAAGGAUGGAACCAAACUGUUGCAAUUAGGAGAAGAGCGAGCCAAAAGAAAUGCGAAAAUGAUAAAGGUCGCAACAUGCGACCUUUAAGCCGUGUCACAACGAUGACAUGGCAUGUUUAUGUGUCAUGAUUUAAACUGGAAACUAAAAUAUUUAAUUUAUAUAUUCUAUUUUAAAUAUUUCAAAAAAAGCUAGGAAAAUCUUAAUAUUCUAAUUAAUUUCCUUAUUUAUACCGACUACCUUAUUUACAUAUUUUCAUAGUAAAAAUAUUGCAUUGAUAGUAAAAAUAUUAUGAUGACUCUUAGCCUACGUGUCGCCUAUAUGUACCAAUUAAACUGCGACACGUAAGAUUGCGAUAACAAAAUGUUGUCGCAACUUGCGACCUUUAUCAUCAUCCAAAGAAAUGAUUAGUUGAAAUUCAGAGCACCAUUUUUGAUAUAUUUAGGAAAAACAAUUCAUGUAUUCAUC